CAGCAGAGCCAGCUGCAGCCUUGGAGAAGGAAGCGGGAGGUGAGGGAGCUCACUCAACAUAAGCCAUCGGAGCCUACAUUUGGCUUCACAUCACUUUCCUCCCCCCCACACCUACGGACAGGUUCGGUUUCACGAUAACUCUCCACCUUCUUUUUUCGUUUCUUUUGGGGGAAACAGUUUGGUGUUGCUUUGCUUCACAUUGCUUCUCUGGUAGAUUACUUUCUUUCAUCCUCCCUGCGGGAUUGGGAAGGCUGUUUGGUCAAAGGUUUGGAGUUUGCUCGCAGAAGUAAGCUGCAAUCAAUCCAUCAUGGGUUUGCAGGCCCGGUCGAAGAGAAACAGCAUACCGUUCGAUAUGAUUGGGAAUCUACCGGAGGAUCUUGUCGCUGAGGUUUUGUCAUAUCUUCCUGAUAUGUCGGAUAUGCGUCGACUGAUUCAUUGGCAAACGGUCUCCAAAACGUGGAGGAGAAUACUACACUCCCCGAUGACGAAGGUUUACCACCAACUCCUCCUUCACAACGUCCAUUUACGAGCACUCCUUCCACCACCGCACUACUACGGGGGUAACCACUCAUUCUACUCCUAUGCCACCUUCCGCAGAGCUCUGCGAACGGACCUGGCUAUCCGUAAGGGCAAUUUCCGCUCCGCAACGCCGUGGAUGUACUCGGCCUGUGGGGGUUACGUCAAGGAGGAGAGGUACGGAGCUGUGGACGGGGGCCCGUUCUUCUCAGAUGGCUUUCUGGUCUGGCUGGAGAGGAGUUCGAAUCUUAUGACGGGUGGGAAGACGGUCUUCGUGCGCUAUCUGGAUUUUUCGAAUGUCACUAGGACCUCGGCGAAGCAGGAGCCUAUUGCCGGGUCUAUUACUGUCGCACAGUUUGAGAGGCCUGGGGAGUCAGAGGCGCAGCUUGAGACCCUCUUUAGGAAUACUUCGAAUCAUUGGGUUGCGUUGGGGUAUGGGUCUGGGAUUGUUGCUUUUUGGUCCUUUAUGGAUAAAUAUAUUACUGUGAGGGGUGUUCAUGAGUCGAAUAAGCUCCGUUGGAAACUACCGCUGUCGGCCCUGCUGCCUCCCCCGGAUGGUGGGAAUUUAUACGUUCGGGAGAUUUUCUGUAGUAAGGACUACCUAGUUAUCAGUAUCUCGCGAUCUGCUACUUUGCAGGUAUUUUCCAUGUCGAGUCGGAAACGGAUCCACUUGAUCAACCUCCGGGGAGUAUAUCACAAUAAGGAAACGACGGACUUUUACUAUGACACUGUUGCUAGCGGGAAUGCCGAGUACGCUGCUGGGAUUGGAGAUAACAGAUACUUUAUGUAUGCUAAUACGGAGCCGACCGCCUUUUAUCACAAUAUUAUCCCAGGUUACCGCGAGCCGCCCCCAGAAUUCUACUUCUACUGCUGGGACUUGAAGCCGCAAUCUCCUGAUACGGAGAGCCGCUGUUCCUGGGACGACCAGCCAGAGUCCCUUGAAGCAGAGGAACUUCUAUCGAACAUCCAGGAACCCCAAUUCAACAUUCCAAUCGACCCAUUAGCAUCUAAUCAGAGCAUCUCAUCUGCCGACGCUCCAAAGCCGCCAAAAUACAACCCGCCACUAACCUUCCUCCGCCCAAUAAGCCGGCACCCCAUCAGUCUCUCCUGGAAAGCUCCCGUUCGCUUCACCUCGCCAAAGAUCAAACUCAACACUUCGACCCGCGAGCUCCUCUUUUACUGCCCACAACACUGCCACCCACCACACAUCUACUACCGCUUCUCAUACCCAGACCCCCCAGAAACCCUCCGCAUCGAAGAAAAACCCUGGUGCGACCACUGCGUGCGCAACCCAUACCGCCAUACUGCGCGGGGGUACACGCCCGCCCUCCGCGAGGACGAUCGUCAGUUCGCGCAUCUGGAACUCAAGUACAACACAGAACUAGUCUUCAGCGACCAAUCCCGACGGUACCGCCUCGCCCUCUCUCCCAUUUCCGUCCUCCGUGGCGGAAAAUCUCUUCGUGGGGCUAUAACCGGAAGGAAAGAACACCGCUGCAGACUACAAAUGCUAAGACCGAACCCGCCGCCCCCCGCGCUGGAAGAUAGGAGGAGGGCGAGCGUUGGUGGUGGGAUACCAGGCGAGGUGAAGGCGCACUGGGAUAUGUCCAUGGGGAAGAAGGAGCCGUGGAGGAGUGCGCAGGGGUAUGCGGAUAGAGUUUGGGUGGGUGGUGGAUGGGAGGGCGUAGCGGUGCUUUUCAACGGGAAGUUUGCGGUGUGGAGGUGGGGGGAUUACGAAGCUGAGGAGGAGGAAGUGUUUAAGGAGGUGGCAGUCACGAGGCGGUUGUUGAAGAGACAGUCGAGGAGGCAGAGCUGGCUGCCUGGGAAGGCGUAGGUGUGGCUAUUUAGUUGCGCGGUACUGGGCCUGGGAGCUCCGUUUUAUUUCAUCUUGUCUCUUGCUUUAGUCCUGGAGUUCAGUAUGUUGUAGUAUCCGCCCGGGGUUGUUGGCCCCCAAAAUUUUACUGUUUGUCUAGGCUAUGACUGGGUGGACCGAUAUUUAGUGCUGCAAGGCUUUUUGUAGUUAAUUUCAAAUGCUCAGCAUGUACUGAAGCUUUCGUCCCUUU